GCGCAGUACGAACCGUACAAUCGAACUGGAGCUGCCCGCAACACACGCACGAGCGCAACACAACCCUAGACGCAUAUUCAGGCUGCCGUCAACACAAUGGUCGUAGUUUGCAUGCCAACCAGCGCCAUUAAGCCGAUAGAACCAGCAAACGAGCCCAGAGCGCCGCCGGCCGCCGUCCUCGCCGCGCGGGCGCCGCCGCUGCCGACGCUCGCGGACCGGGAGCCGUCGCCGCGCGCCUCCGCGACCGACUUUAUGGACGCUGCCAGCGCACAGCGCAUGGCCGUCGUCGGCGACGUCCUCUCGAAGCUUGACCCGACGACGCACAACGCCAUGGUCGCCGUGCUGUCGAAGCGGGCGGCGCCGUACGACCGGUGGGGCCCGAACUUAAGCAAGUACCCGGCCACGGUGGCUGUAAGACUCGACGCGUUGAAAACCGGCGACCUCGUGUUGUGCUCGUCCGGGCCGGCGAUGAGCUGGGUCGGCAACGCCAUCCAGGUGCUCACGGACAGCACUUGGAACCACGUCGCCAUGGUCGUGCGCGGCCGUCUCACAGAUGUCGAGGAAGAGGACCAGUCCUUCCACGGAGACGGCGCACAUCCGAAGCGCUGGGCCAAGCACAAACGACGGGACCCGCGCCACUUCCACGUGUGCGAAUCGGGGAAGCCGCAACUGCUGGAGGCGUCGGGCGAGGGCGUUCACAUCUAUGACCUAAGACACCGGCUCCUGGAAGAUCCGGCCUACGACGAGUACGCGACGGUCGCCGUGCGGUCGUUGAGCGAGGCACGAUUAGCCCCAGAACGACUCGAGGCGUGGAUCGCCAAGGUGCGGGGCACGGAGUUCGAGAAGGAGGCGCCCUUCCACGCGCUCUUCACGGAGGCGGCCGCCGAUUGCCGGAGCAUGCACUGCGCGGAGCUCGUGACGGCGACCUACCAGCACAUGGGGCUCGUAGCCCGGCACCUCUGCGCGGGGACGGCGCCUCCCUGCGCCUACGCGGACCGGCACCACGUCCGCCUCAAGCGGGGUCGGCUGGGCCCCCUGGAGAUCGUCAAGGCCACGGAGCCACCUCUCGAUCGGGCGAUGGAGAAGUAUGAGAGUGUUAGUACAGCUGAUCCGGCGGCGGGCGCGUGCCGCGUCUUUCAUUACAGCAUAAGCCUCCGAGUCUCGCGGCGAUGGCGUGCAGGGCCGUGGAGUAAAGCCCACACGCUGGCUAGAGAAAAGCCUAAGAGUGGUUA